UUCUGUGUAAUCUACCAAGCUAAUACCUCAAUUGUAAAAUGCUGUGAUGCUAAAGAGAGACUGUUCUUCGAUACCAGUUUUUUUUCCACGACACACAGAAUGAGAAACAAAUAGCUCUCGUACUCUCUCUUCCGCGGAUGCCUGUCUCUCAGCUUUAGCGGUGGAAACAUUGUGAGAAGGCUUCAGACUGGAACUGACGGACGCUUUCGAGAACUUGAGAAGCUGCGACCGCAACAGUCUCGAGACUCCAUAAACAAACACAUAAUAAUGGCUUUUGAAGUCGAUUGGAGCGUGGAGUCCGCACACAAGGCAGGCUAGUAGGUUUUUGAGAGACAUUAAGUAUCUUGUUUUUACCCCCCAUCCUGAAAUGAGGCAAAAUGUUGAUGUGUGACAGAGGAGUCCAGAUGCUCAUUACGACAGUGGGCGCUUUCGCCGCUUUCAGCCUGAUGACUAUCGCCGUGGGAACGGACUACUGGCUGUACUCACGAGGAGUGUGCCGGGUCAAAAGUAAUAACGAGAACGAGACGAGCAGGAAGAAUGAGGAAGUCAUGACACAUUCAGGGCUGUGGAGAACCUGCUGCCUAGAGGGAACAUUUCGAGGUGUUUGUAAGAAGAUUGACCACUUUCCGGAGGAUGCAGAUUAUGAACAAGAUGCAGCAGAAUAUUUACUACGAGCAGUGAGAGCAUCCAGUAUCUUCCCCAUCAUGAGUGUUGGACUUCUGUUCAUGGGAGGUCUGUGUGUGGCAGCCAGUGAGUUUUACAGGAGCAGACACAAUGUCAUCCUAAGUGCGGGAAUCUUCUUUGUUUCUGCUGGUCUGAGUAACAUAAUUGGAAUUAUUGUGUACAUAUCUGCCAAUUCGGGUGACCCUGGCCAGAGCGACUCGAAGAAGAGCUACUCAUACGGCUGGUCAUUCUAUUUCGGAGCUCUGUCCUUCAUAAUGGCUGAGAUGGUGGGUGUACUAGCUGUGCACAUGUUCAUCGAGAAGCACCGAAAGCUUCGUGCAAAGUCCCGUACUGAGCUCAUCAAGAAGUCAGCCUUCAGCCGCAUUCCCAGCUACCGUUACAGAUUUCGCAGACGCUCCAGUUGCCGCUCCAGCGAGCCAGCCUCUCGUGAAGCUUCACCCAUGGGCAAGAGCGGCUACACAGGCCCUGCUGCGGCAGAUAUCUCCAUGUACACCCUUUCUAGGGAUCCUUCCAAGGCUGCAAUGGGUGCCUUGCUCAACUCUGAGAGGGAGUUUUUGCAGGCUCACAACUCCAACACGAAGGACUUCAAAGAUGCAGCGAACAGGAGGACCACUCCAGUCUGA